ACUCUGACUGAAAAGGGGCGUUGUCUGAUAAGUUGCGCUGUUGCUAUAGUAACGCAUUGAAGUUCAUAACAGUUGAAGCAAGCAAGUGCAGUGGAGUGCAAGUUGAUAUUUGUAAAGUGGAUGCAUUUUAAAGGACUGUAAUCCAGCUCAGCAGAUUGAAAAGUUUUCCAGCAACUCGGAAAAAGACUGAGGAGUCACUGUCAUAAAUUCUGCUAUACGCUAAAAAGAGAAGAAACAGCGUGUUAACAUUACAAGCGUGUGGCUAAUUCUAGUCAAAUUAGCAGCGAUGUAACAUUACUACGCAAAAGUUAGCAUUAUUAUUUUUAUUUUAUUUUUUUAAUUCCCAAAAGCUUACAGAUGACAACAAGGAUACUAGAAUCAUUUAAUGUUUUGGACAGACACUCCAAAAGUGUAUUUAGUAAAUACGCCAAGGUAAAUCAUUUAACAUCAGUGCCUGAGUCGGACUUUCUGAAUAAAGUACCCCUCUCUAAAUCCAAAACUGAAAUAGCAUCUGUCAGUGAAGACACACAUCUGAGUCCACCAAAGAAAGUUGCUCAUGUGGUCAGCAUGAAGGCCAUCAGUAGCAAAGUCAGCAUUCGGCCUUUCACAAGCCCUGAGGACCUGGCCUUGAGGAGAUCAACUAAUGUGAAGAAAGACAAAGAGGGUUUCAUGACAACAACCUUAAAGAAGCCCGUUCGACCUUCUGAACCCACCAUUCAUAGGAUGAAGUGGUCAAAAGAGGUGAAGAAGAUGCCUCCCCUAGAUAUCAUGAGCAAGGCCAGCAGCACGGUUUUGGUGGGUGGUGCACUUAAUCACACUAAAACAUCUCAGUGGUGCUCAAGCCAAUCUAAUAAUAGUGGAAAGAUGCUCCUCAGUGCAAUGAAAGAUAAUGAGCCCUUUAUAGUACCUGCUUCUACUGGAGAAGUCAUUGCUCAGCAGCUCCAUUUGGGAAAUGUGGUCAGAAUUGGCACCAAUGAGCCUUACAAAAGGGCUAAUAAAAACAGUCCUAUUGAAAAGAGCAUUAAUGAAGAUUUCGUUUUUGAGCCUGUUCCACUUUGCUUCGAUGAUGAGCUGGAGAGAAAGAAUGUGAAAGUUCUCACCGCUAGAUCUCCCACUGUUUACAAAGAUCUACCAAUAGUCAGUGAGACAUACCCUUUGAUAUCUGACCAGAAUCAGUACGAACCCUUCAAAAGCCCGGGAUUGCACAUUUUGGAUACGUCAAAGAGCCUGAUUCAGAAUCCUGAUUCAGUCUUGAACUGUAAAGUCGGCAUCAUAAGAAUGUCAUAUUCUCUGCGGAAAGCGUCUACGGUACAGAGUAUGAGAAAAAGUCAGAGAGGUCCACAGACUUCGGCAUAAAACAAAGAGGAUCCAUAGUGUACAUGUUCUCUCAGCUGAUGGAAAUGUUGUAAAAAACGCCAGUGAGGGUCCUCUUUUCAUCCGUUGCCAUGAUGCUAUACCUUCAUCAAGGGCGUUUACAAACACCAGCAAAAGUCCAGCAGUUCCUUUACCCAUGCCAAGACAGAGAAGAAUUGCACAAACCCCUGUUGGUCUGGUGGUCAAUGGCAUUAACCCCAGCCAAAAUGCUGAGAGAAGUCCAUCAGACAAUCUCAAAACAAUAUAUAAAAUGACUAAAGGGAGGUUGCAAGCAGCACAAUCCCAGAGACCUGUAGCGACACAAAAUGGAAUGGAUUUUAUAGUAAUCUCCAGGCCACUACAAAGUGGUCAAAAUCUUGACUUUGUUGCCAAGCAACGUUGUCAAGAGGAAUUCUGGUCCACAAAACAGGAUAAUAUAUCACAUAACUAUGAAAUGUCACGAGUUCUAGAUGAUGAGAAGUUGGCGUUGAAUGUGGAGAGCUUUUCUGUGUCCAGACCAAACAGCUCUGUAGACCACCCAUGUCAAGAUGGAGCAGGAGCACCUGAAAUAAGCACACUGGCUGAUCCCCAUUCACUGAAUACGAUGGAUGAGGGUAACACGUGUUUAGAGACCAUAGGUUUAGCAAAUGACAGUGAAACCCCAGAAGCCAACUGUUACUUACAGUGGUCAAGUGCAAUAAACAUCCCAACAGCUGGUUGUGACUAAAAAUGUCAAAUGUAUGUUUUCUUUCAAGAGACAUAUAAUCAAUAAAAUGAUCUUGGUGCGUUUGAAACAA